AUGGCACAACCAAAUGUUACUUUGAUUUCAGAUUUGGAUAUACUUAAAGACGAUUCGACUAUCAAAGUUAGAGUGAUAAACCUAUGGAACCUUUUUUCAUUCUAUAACAAGGACGAACUUUUCUCCAUUGAAUUAAUCUUAAUAGAUGAACAGGGUACCAAGAUCCAAGAAAAUAGUGUCAUGACUUUUAUGGACCUACAUUUGGCUUUGAGUUUGUUGAUUACCUGUCCUUUUAUCUUAUUGGUCCAUCCUGAAAACAUCGCUAUCGAUGUUAUUGGAUUAGUCGUUGCAAUUGGUGAGAUGGGGCGAGACAAUGAUGAUAUGAAAAAACAUAGGCUAAACAUCCAAAUCCAAGAUGCAAAUGGUUUGCAAUUAAGUGUCAAUUUGUGGGGUGAUUUUGCUUACAAAAUGCAAGGCUUUCUUGAUAACAAUUCACACAAUCUCCGUAUCAUUGUUAUCCUUCAAUUUGCAAAACUUAGUAUUUGGAGAGAUCGUCCCACAAUUAACACCUACUUUUCCGUGUCAAAGCUGUUCAUUAGCACCGACAUUGAUGAAAUCAAUCUUGGUUUUAAUAUUGCUUUCUAUCCCAGAGAGAUAAAUGCACUGAUAGGUUUGAAAUUGGCGUUUAAAAUAUCAAUCAAUCACUUCAACUUCUCAAAAAGGAAUGACCAAUAUAGUAUAUGUAGAGUCAGCGAUGAUGAAAAGUUGAUUGAAGAACUGGAAAAUAAGUUUACCGUUUCACAGGUUGGUACUUCACAGUCAUUUGAUAUUGGUGAAGCCGAUUUUGAAUCACAAGAUAAUAGGAUUUUAAAGGUUAUAUAG